AUGUCACGCGCCUCUGCCGGAUUUGCGGAUUUCUUCCCAACUGCCCCAUCGGUGCUACAGCAGAAGCGCGUCAAGCUUGGGGAUUGCCGAGGCAGAGGACCGGAUUGUGACCUGGAGACGGGGUCGCUCGCCGCGUCCAACGCUACAGGUGGGGCAUCAUUUCAACCAGCCGGUGAAUCGGUUCACUCGCCCUCGACGGUCGCGCACUCAACAAGCCAUGAUGUCGGUAGAGCUAUCCCACUGGCUAUUGCCCACACUCGCUCGCUACAUCUCGAUACCUUGACGCCGCUGACCAAUGCAGAGUCAACUCCGCCCGGCAAGGCGACUACUCCGUCCCAGACUGAAGAGUGCAUUACCCUGGACUAUGCUGUUCGUCCUAAUCCCGAACUCUCCAAGUCCUCGAUGACUCCUAUUCACACCCCUCCGACUCCUCAGUCUCAAACCCGUAUGGGACCUCUGGUCAAGGGCUGCAAGGCAGUGUACGACCCCGACCUUGACAAACGAGCGUCAAAAGAAAAGCGUCGCAAGCCUGAGUAUGUGGAAAUCUUGGUCAACGGUCAAAUCGGUCCUCCGGACCCACGUCUCUCCAUUUCCAACUAUACGCGAGGGUCAGGUUGCAAGCAAAAGACCAAGUACCGACCAGCUCCUUAUGCUUUGAAGCAAUGGCCGUACGAUGCAGCGACGAGCAUCUUCCCUGGACCGCCGAUUCAGGUCGUCGUCACAGGCUUCGAUCCUCUCACGCCAGUCGCUCCUAUCAGUGCCCUUUUCUCCAGCUUCGGAGACAUUGCAGAAAUGAACAACCGCACGGACCCCAUCACCGGCCGUUUUCUCGGUAUUUGCUCGAUCAAAUACAAAGACACCUCAUCUUUCCGUGGAAAUGGCCCUGUCUCGGCCGCCAGUGCGGCAAGACGAGCCUAUUGUGAGUGCAGGAAGGAACAACGCAUCGGAACACGUAGGAUCAGGGUGGAACUGGAUCGCGAUGGGGUCGUCUCCGAACGAAUGGCCUCAAGAGCCGUCGAGUCUCAAAGAUUGGCGUCCAAGGCCAUCGCCGCAGCGGCCGAGACCAAGCCGGAUCUUCACUCAAAAAAGAAUGAGCCACCCCCCCACUGCACCCAAAGGACCUUCCGGAAGAUCAACUCUACGGCCUGGACUUGUGGUUCCGGAGGGGCCCCGGGGCAGUCUUCGUCGUUGGUCGAAGAGACGCCCAUUCUCAACCAGAUUAAGCGCGACCCCUACAUCUUCAUCGCUCAUUGCUACGUGCCGGUGCUCGGUACGACAAUUCCACAUCUCAAGAAACGGCUCAAAUUGUUCAGCUACAAAGCGAUCCGCUGCGACAACACGGGCUACUACAUCAUUUUCGAGAACUCUAGGCGAGGCGAAGAAGAAACCGAAAGAUGUUACCGCUUGUGUCACAUGCAGCCACUUUUUACCUAUAUCAUGAAUAUGGAGAGCCAGCCGUACGGGAAUCCCAACUAUGUGCGCAGUCCCAGUCCUGAGCGUUUGCGAGCGGAGCAACGAGAAAAGGCCCAGCAGGAGAGGACGAGAAAAGAGGCUGAGCUGGAUGUCGAAGAGGAAAAAAAACAGCGCGCAAUUGACCUCGACCCUUGCCGAGAGGUGCUCUCUAUCAUUAUUCGCGACCUCCGAGAUAAGCUGCUUGAAGAUGUGAAGUCUCGAAUUGCCGCGCCGGCGCUUUACGACUAUCUUGAUCCGAUCAAACAUGCGGGCAGGCGGGAACGAUUAGGGAUUCCCGGCCCCGAGGGCAGCAAACGAUCCGCUUUUCACAUUGGAACAAACAACACAUUGGGCACUCCGGACUCUCGCUCUGGACUAGAUCCGCUUCGAUCCUCGAAUCUCAAUAUCCUUGCUCUUCCACGCAUCCGCAAAGCUCACGGUCCAGAUCAUGCAGGGGCAGCCUUUGUGGAUGAACGUCGUCGCCAACCGUUACGAAAAAGAGAGGUUCGUCCCCUCUAUCAUCGUCUGCAGCAAUUGCACGAUGAUGAGGAUUCGGACGACGAGCAACGCACGCCCGUCACCCGAGAUACCGAGGAGAAGAAGCAGCCGCCCGCCAAGUCGCGCAUCUGGUCUGAUCAAGAUGAGGAAUACCAGUCAGACGUAUUGGAAUCCGAUGGAGAAAGUAGCGCUCAAAUCACCGGUGACAAGGAGACGGACAGUCUCGCUCAUGAUGUUGAAAGCGUGUCUUCUCGAUCCGGCAAGAGAAAACGCUUGGCUGGGAAACUUGACUCCCGAAAGAGGCAGAGACAAGAGGACGAGCUCUUCGGAAUCGAUCCCACCAAAGACACGGCCGGGGAGCAACCUGAGACUCUGUCGUCUGUUGAUAUAGGUCUUGACGAGGAGGAAGCGACAGGCAAAUUGCCAGAAGACCAGGAACUUGGCUUGACUCCGACCAAAGACUCUCUGCCGGAUGAUCUCUCCCCUGGUGACCCAUGGAAUACCGGGAUCGAGGGGCACAAAAUAGAGAUCGACUGGGGAGUGUCCACAGACGAGCCACAUGCGACUGUGGAGGAUGACGAAACUAUCGUUCUGGAUUUGGACGGUUGGCAACAUCUGGUCAAAGAUGAUGAAGAUAUGCGCUACCUACGGGAGAUUUUGCUUGAGCAGUCUGCAUCUGUCAUUCGGAAUAUUGCUGCAUGGGCAUGGCGACAGAAGGAAAUCAAAGCUCUGAAUCAAGCGGAAGCGAGAGGACCGACGCGGAACGCCAUUGGCAUCACUGGCUACUACGUGUCGAAUGACUCGGGAGCUGCACGAACGGAGGGGCGGAAGAGGAUUCUCAAUUCAGAAAAAUCGAAAUACCUGCCUCAUCGGAUCAAGGUCCAGAGAGCUCGCGAGGAACGUGAGGCCAAAGCCAAGGAUGACCCCCAGGCUGCCGCGGCCGAGGCUGCAAGAAUCGCUGCAGCAAAGACCAUUUCCAAGUCGACCUCGCGAUCUACUCGGGUCAACAACCGCCGGCUUAUCGCCGACAUCAAUGCGCAAAAGCAGGCACUUCCAACUUCUGUCGGAGAAGGCGACGCCCUUCGGUUUAAUCAGCUCAAGAAGCGAAAGAAGCCCGUCCGAUUUGCUCGGUCUGCUAUUCACAAUUGGGGACUGUACGCCGAGGAGAACAUCUCCGCCAACGACAUGAUCAUCGAAUACGUCGGCGAGAAAGUACGCCAGCAGGUGGCCGAUAUGCGAGAAAGGCGGUAUCUUAAGAGUGGCAUUGGUAGCAGCUAUCUAUUCCGAAUCGACGAGAACACCGUGAUCGACGCCACCAAGCGGGGUGGCAUCGCCCGGUUCAUCAAUCACAGCUGCACGCCCAACUGUACGGCCAAGAUCAUCAAGGUAGAUGGCAGCAAACGCAUCGUGAUCUAUGCGCUCAGGGACAUCGAAAGAGAUGAGGAGCUCACGUACGAUUACAAAUUCGAAAGAGAAUGGGACAGUGAUGACCGUAUUCCCUGUCUAUGCGGUUCCGUUGGCUGCAAAGGAUUUCUCAACUAG